AAUAACCAAACGGAGCUUGAUUAUUAGGCCGGAGUACGGAGUAUGUUCACAACACAUGGAUUGCUGAGUUGUCGUCACCUGCAAACUGAAUCUUCAAGUUGAGCUUGAGACCCGAGUGGCAGUCCGAGGGAGAUGAUGAUAGCAGACGGAAUCGAAGACGAAGAUAAAUGGCUUGCCGAGGGCAUCGCAGGAAUUCAGCAAAACGCCUUCUACCUGCAUCGAGCUAUGGAUUCGGAUAAUCUCAGAGAAGCUCUCAAGUACUCCGCUCAAUUGUUAUCUGAACUGAGGACCUCGCGUCUUCCGCCGCAUAAAUACUACGAGCUCUACAUGCGAGCAUUUGACGAGUUAAGGAAGCUGGAGCUUUUCUUCAAGGAUGAGGAUCGCCAUGGCUGCUCAAUUGUUGACUUAUACGAACUUGUCCAACACGCCGGCAAUGUUUUACCUAGACUGUAUCUCCUAUGCACUGUUGGGUCAGUGUACAUCAAAUCAAAGGAGGCUCCUGCAAAGGAUAUACUGAAAGACCUUGUUGAAAUGUGCCGUGCUGUUCAACAUCCUGUACGUGGACUUUUCCUGAGGAGUUAUCUUGCUCAGAUUAGCAGGGAUGAAUUGCUAGAUAUUGGUUCUGAGUAUGAAGGAGAAGGCGAUACUGUCAUGGAUGCUGUAGAUUUUGUGUUGCAAAACUUUACAGAGAUGAAUAAACUAUGGGUUAGGAUGCAACACCAGGGACCUGUCAGGAUUGAAGAGAAGCUGGAAAAGGAACGGAGCGAGCUUCGAGACCUAGUUGGGAAAAAUUUGCAUGUCCUUAGUCAGAUAGAGGGCGUUGAUCUUGAAAUGUAUAAAGAAACUGUGCUUCCUCGAGUGCUGGAGCAGGUUGUCAACUGUAAAGAAGUGCUUGCACAAUAUUAUUUGAUGGACUGCAUAAUUCAGGUCUUUCCUGAUGAGUACCACUUGCAGACUCUUGAAAUACUAUUGACUGCUUGUCCCCAACUUCAACCUGCUGUGGACAUCAAGACUGUUUUAUCACGCUUGAUGGAUAGAUUGUCAAACUAUGCCACUUCAAGUCCUGAAGUCUUACCUGACUUCCUUCAAGUCGAAGCAUUUUCCAAGUUGAGCAGCGCCAUUUGGAAGGUAGUAGAAGCUCAAGUUGACAUGCCUAUAGUUGGAGCUGUUUCGUUGUAUGUCUCUCUUUUGACUUUUACACUUCGUGUACAUCCCGAUCGGCUUGAUUACGUGGAUCAAGUGCUGGGAGCCUGUGUUAAAAAACUCUCUGGCAAACCAAAGCUUAAUGAUAGUAAAGCGACAAAACAAAUUGUUGCUCUCCUCAGUGCUCCACUAGAGAAGUAUAGUGAUAUUGUCACAGCACUAACACUCUCUAACUAUCCACGAAUCAUGGACCACCUAGAUGCUGGAACAAAUAAAAUCAUGGCAAAAAUUAUCAUUGAAAACAUUAUGAAAAGGGAUACAUGUGUGUCCACCGCUGACAAGGUUGAGGUGUUGUUUGAAUUAAUAAAGGGUCUCAUCAAAGAUUUGGGUGGAAGUUCUUCAAAUGAGCUGGAUGAGGAGGAUUUCAAGGAGGAACAGAAUUCUGUUGCUAGACUACUACACAUGUUGUAUAAUGAUGAUCCUGGAGAGAUGUUAAAGAUAAUAUGCACUCUGAGAAAGCAUAUUUUGGCUGGAGGUCCAAAGCGCCUGCCAUUUACAGUUCCUCCAUUAGUUUUUUCUGCAUUAAAGUUGAUACGAAGAUUACAAGUUCAGGAUGGAGAUAUAGUUGGAGAAGAGGUUCCUGCCACACCCAAGAACAUUUUUCAGUUGUUGAGUCAGACCAUUGAGACUCUCUCAGCAGUUCCAUCUCCUGAAAUGGCAUUGAGGUUGUACUUGCAGUGCGCGGAGGCUGCCAAUGACUGUGAUCUUGAACCGGUUGCCUAUGAAUUUUUCACUCAAGCAUUUGUGUUAUAUGAGGAAGAAGUUGCGGAUUCUAAAGCGCAAGUGACCGCUAUCCACUUAAUUAUUGGAACUCUUCAGAGGAUGAAUGUUUUUGGGGUGGAAAACAGGGACACCUUAACUCACAAAGCCACUGGGUAUUCAGCAAAGCUUCUGAAGAAACCUGAUCAGUGCAGAGCAGUUUAUGCUUGUUCGCAUCUCUUUUGGGUUGACGAGCAAGAUGGAAUCAAAGAUGGUGAAAGGGUUUUGUUAUGUUUAAAGCGGUCUUUGAGAAUUGCGAAUGCUGCUCAGCAGAUGGCAAAUGUUACAAGAGGCAGUAGUGGGCCUGUCACUUUAUUUGUUGAAAUUCUUAACAAGUACCUCUAUUAUUUUGAAAAGGGAAAUCCUCAAAUCACCUCUGCCGCAAUUCAAAGCCUUAUUGAGUUGAUUAAAGCAGAGAUGGAGAAUGACAACAUGACAGCUAAUCCAUCUUGUGACCCUUUCUUUGCCAGCACAUUGCGGUAUAUUCAAUUUCAAAAACAAAAGGGUGGGGUAAUGGGUGAGAAAUAUGAUCCAAUCAAGUUGUCAUAGUCGGAUAGGCGGUUUUAGCAUGGAAAUUUGUGUAAAAACCAUGAUUUUGAUAUUACUAUUUAUCUCUGUAAAAUCCUAUACUUCCUGGAAAGAAAUAAAGAAAUGUUUUAAAAAAAGAAAUUCCCCUCUAAUUUUUAAUUUGGUUUUGGUGAAAAGUGUGUACUGAUUGUCACAAGAAGAUUUCAGGAACAAUACUUCUUUCUCGAGUUUUCAUUCCCAAAUAAAUACAAUAACAGGUAUUGAACUAUUGGUUGAUGUUCUUUGGAUCUCAGGAUGUCAUGUUUUUUCAGCGAUUCCAUUGCCAGGGACUGUAUUGUUCUAUUCCUAAGAACAUAAAAAACUGAUUUGAGCAAUUGAGCCUUUGAGGGCUUUUGAGUUCCAUCACAAAGUUCCUACUCUGUCAGAGAUAAAACUAUGAUGAUCAAACCCAUAGUGUAACACACUAACACAUCAAAAUGUUCCAAGGAAAAGUGAUUCGUAAGAUUUGAAUCCUUACGUGCACCAUCCAUAAUAUUUAUGGGGUGUUUGGCAUUCGUUCUGAAUCUGUUUCUUUUUUACAAGAUUAGACUGUAAAAAUUACUGUAUGAGAGACUGAUCCCCUUUUAAUGUGUUUGGCACUGCUUGUG